AUGCGUGGUGCAGCGUCGGAUCUUGCAGUUGAGUCUCAACGGCAUAGCUACACCUCCGCUCUCCUCACAAAGGAGGCUCUGCCGCCCACGCUGCAGCCGCAGCUCCGCUUGCCUUCGCUCAACACUGACAGUGCGCCGUCUGUUGUCCUCGUGGGGCCAGCGCAGCCGACAACGUCCUCUUCUAGGCUGCAACGUGAGCCCACGUCAGGGAGUGCCAUUGACGUUGGGGGCGAUGACGCAAAAGCUGGACACCUGAUGUGCAAUACUGAGGCACUUUUGCGGCAGCAACAGCAUCUGCAUCAGGGUGCUUUGGGUGCUGGUGAGAUGGGGAGUUCGCAGGAAGAGGUGGAGAUUGCGAUGGGACAGGAGUCUCCCGCAAUGAUGAGCAGGUGUCCCCGCAGCCCCAGCAUAGCCGCUGGACGAUACGAGGAAGCAACGCAAGCGGGGGUGGGCUCUGGGCACUUUUCCCCAACAUGGUUCUACAAGCUUAAUGAUGCUGUUGCAAGUGGCCUUAAUGCGAACCCGCGUGAGACGGAGACAACUACUCAAAUGGACUUACAAAAGGAUUUGGAUGAGGCUGCUGUGUGUGAGAGCGGCAGUGGGCCACUAGCGGGGGAGGGUGUGGAGGGGCCAUUGCGGGAUGGAGUCACGGAGUUUUCAGCAGUUCCUCCCUGCUUCCGCAACAAUCGACUGCUUGCGGAUUGCACAAACGUCGAUUGCCCACCAAGUGGAGGGCUUAAAGCGUCUCUCAGGCCCGCUGGUAUGAACCUAAGCCAACACAGCAUGCAAAAAGACAGGUGCCUUACUCAAUACCGGAAGGACAGUUCUGUUGUUUCCUCGGAGGGGUUUAAACAAACACUAGAGGGCCAGCUGUCUUCACCCCCUCCUCCUCCUCCUCCAUCAUCAUCAUCAUCAUUCAGUGUGACAGAAGGGGAAGGGAGUGAGACACCACAGACGCGUGUACCUCACGAGACUAACGUGUGUAGUGUUGGUAAAAAACACUGGGUGCUGGAUGAGGAUAACCGAAACUGUGGGGAAGUGGAGGAGGAGCCUAUGCUUCUCAGCGUUCUCCUUGAUCGGGGCUGCGGAAAAAGAUAUGAGGAGGAGGCUGCCUUUUGGAAACACCGUUGCGCUUUGGCAGAGAAACAACUGACAGUGGCCCUUGGAGAUGAUCGUGAGGCCUGCUUCUUUAAGGCAACACGGUCACUGCCGCAAACAUGUGUGCUGUCAACCCCAGAAGCUGGGGGCACUUCACAGACCUCUUCACGUCCUUGUUGCUUAGAUGGCAUCCACCUCAGGAAAACACUGGCCCCAGGACAAACGUGCUUUGUGUGCCAUCAAAUGAGAAAGGGAAAAGAAGGAAUAACGAACGAGGAAGCGAAGGAGGUAACAAUACAAAUAGAAGGGCACCGUUUUGCCGUCUUCUCCAGUUCAGGUGUGGUCAAUCAGGACGUGGCGUCAACAACGACAACCGAAGAGAAAAAUCGGUGGAUACUAGAAGAAGAGUGUGGACAGAUGCAGGAGACGCUUGAUAGCCUUUCGUUAGAGUGCGAGACUGUUAAGGGGAAAUUAGUCGCACAGGUUGUCCGCAAUGAAAACCUAGAGACGACUCUUCUUGCGAAAGAAGAACAGCAGAUGGCCCAGCAUGAGCAGUGGCUUGCUCAGGAAAAUAAGUUGAGGGGCAACCAGGAGAAGCUAGCGACUGCCCUGCGCCAGGUUCAUCGCAAUCUUGCCGGCACAACCGAAAAACUUGAGGAAAAGGACAAGGAACUACGGGCCUCUAGGGAGCGGUGCUGCGUUGUGGAGGCUGAAUUGGCAGAAUUAAAGGUGGAAGUCGUAGGGCUGAGGGAUGCUUCUGCGAAGCGUCUGGAGGAGGGACAACAGUUACAACAACAGUUGGAGCAACUUGAGACGGAGAUGCGGCUCUGCAACACAGACAUGAUGGGUAGGAGCAGCAUUGCUGACAGUGGCAAGACAGAGACGUGCUACAAGGGUUGUAAUAAAGACGGAACGACGUUGAGUGAUGCCUUGCGCAAGGACACAGAGCAACGGCUGCAGGGUGUGCUGUCGGCAAUGCAUUGUGGUGAAGCACGCCACGAGUGGAUUGUGUCACAGCUACUAGAUACAGUAAAGUUGUUGGUGGGAACGAAUGUGGAGGAGGAAGUGUUAUUGAAGGUUGACAAUAAACUUCAGCAAUUGGUGCAGUCGCUUGAAGAGCUGCUGAAGUUCCAGCUUGAUACUUCUCAUAAUGAGUGGAAUUUUCCCCCAGACAAAAGUGAGCUGUUUGAGGCACCACAGGCUAGUAUCCAUGAUGAGAGUUCUGUCACAGACCUUGUGAGUCGCGCCCAGGAGCGUAUGUCUCAGUUGGUGCAAUGGUCAAGUGCACUUCAGAGGCGGCAUUCGGAGCUGAUUGAAGAGCUAGAGGUUGUUCGCGCGGAUAGGAAUGAACUAGUGGGACGCCAGAACAUGGGAACGCGACAUCUGCAGCAGUUGUUACUUUCAGCUGAACAAGAAAAGACGCGUCUGACGAUUCUUCUUGGGGAACGUGACGAGACGAUUUGGAAACUGAACGGGGGGUCGAGUUUGGCUGGUAAUUCGCUCAAACAGCCGACAAGAAGCAGCAGGGACAGCCCCUCCGCAGAGGCACAGGUCACUGGGGAAGAAGACGAAGCUUUACAUGGGAUGCACAUCCGCGAUUUGAAGCGGUUCUUGCUGUACGUUGGGCAGCAGACGGAUAUCUUUGCCGAUUCGCUGCACGCCCUGUUCAUGGAGACUUUGGUGGCAAUGACACAGACACACAGGGACCAACAGACGCGGGCAGAAGCGCGCGAGGCUGCGAUUCAGAAGCAACUGCAACACCUUUGCGAAGAAGGUGCGGUGAGGCAGCGAACCCAGGAAGAGUCUCUUGAUGUCCUGCGGGCUCAACUCAAACGUGUGCAAAAUGAGCUUGUUGACAAGGAAGGCGCGCUGCGCACACUCUUGCAGUGCAAAUUGCGUCAAGGUGAGCAGCCGCGUCGGUCACUGCGCAAUGAAGAGCAACCGGAAAUGUUCCAACACUUGAUGGGGGCGUCAAAAUCUCCUCUGCGAGGUCUGACUUCCUCGCCACCCUUGGGUGAUGAGAAGCGUGGGGAGUACGUUUCUACAGGCCUUGUGUCUGUGCCGCCUCAUGCUGCUUCCUCUCCACGGGCUGCAUGUGCAAGCGAUGACGGGGUACAGGACUUUCAUGGUGCAGACAGAUCAGGCGCGGUGCACGAGUCGCCUUCUUCUUUGGUCCCUGGUGCAUUUGCCGGGCAUAACAAACGGGGGCAAGGACGACAGCUCCAUUCUUCUCAGCACCUCCCUGGGAGGCAGUGUCACCCCCUCCCAAACUCUGGAGCGCUUGCCUUAAGUUUUUCGUUGUCGAGCGGGGCUGCCUACUCACUGCCAACGGAAACGAGUGACAGUUAUCAUCGUUGUAGCUCUAUGGUUCAGCGAGGCAUGAUGCGCAAGCAUCAAGAGGUAUGGAUGCGCCAGGCCGAACUAAUGGGACUAGUGAGCGAUGAAGAGAGACACGACGGAUUCCCUCACCCAAUUACUUUACUCCGGUCAAGGAAGUAA